AAAUGUCGUCACCUUUAAAACCCACUCUCUCUCUGCAAAUCUAAAACCCUUCGUCUUGCUCUCCACGAAAACCCAGAGACCUCUCUCUCUCUCUCUCUUUCUCUCUCCUCUCCCCCAAUUCUCAACAAGAUGAACAACCUCACCAAGCUCACCUCGCUCAACGCCAUCAGAUCCCUCCGCCAUUCUCACUCGCCGUCGCCGGCGACGGCUCUCCGGACCCUCACAACCUGCUCGUCGCUCAUCCGCAACCGCUCGAUCGCGUCCUCUCCGGCUGCUUCUUCGCUCCGUCCGGCGCAGAGCUUUCUCGGCGGCGUGCGACAUUUCCGUGCCGGCAACAACAGCGAUUCGAGAAGCCAUGAGAUUGCUCCUCCAAUCAACUGGGGAAUUCGGAUUGUGCCGGAACGUAUGGCUUGUGUGAUUGAGCGCUUAGGGAAGUACCACGCCACUUUGCACUCUGGGAUGCAUUUCUUGAUUCCACUUGUCGACAGAAUUGCUUUCGUGCAUUCGUUGAAAGAGGAAGUGUUUAAUGUGCCUGACCAGACAGCUGUUACCCAAGACAAUGUUAGGGUUCAGGUUGAUGGGGUUAUUUACCUUAAGAUUGAAGACCCCCACCUGGCCUCUUAUGGAGCUGAGCAUCCUUUUGAUGCAGCUAUUCAGGUUGCUCAGGGGAUCAUGCGUUCUGCACUUGGGAAACUUACUCUUGACAAUGCAUUCAAGGAAAGGGAAAACAUCAACGAUGAGAUAGUGAGGGGUGUCAAUGAAGCUGCAACAUCAUAUGGCUUGAAGUGCAUCCGAUGUGUGAUAAAGGACAUAAAUCCUCCUCAAACAGUGAGGCAAGCAAUGGAACUGCAAGCAGAUGCAGAACGGAAAAAGAGAGUUAAAAUUCUUGUGUCUGAAGGUGAGAGGGAUGCUGCCAUUAACCAAGCAGAAGGGGAGAGGCGUGCUGCAUUUUUGGCUGCCGAAGGAGAACUUGCUAAAGCAGAUGCAGCUUCCAAAGGAAUUUCACUUGUAUCUAAGAGUCUUAUGGAAGAAGGGGGUAUAGAGGCUGCUGGUUUGAAAGUCGCUGAGCAGUAUGUUAUGGCUUUUGGAAAUGUCGCCAAACAGAGCACAACACUUUUACUUCCCAAUGAUGCUACUGGUCUCUCCUCCCAGAUUUCUCAAGCCAUGUUGCUUUACAAAAGGUUGGGUGGGAAACCGACCACUGGAUCAACUGGAGGCUUUGAGGCCGUUACUCCCUCGGAAAAAUCUCAGAGUGCCACUAAAGUGAUUGAGGAUGAAACAGUCGGUGAAGAUAAGGCUUCAAAGUUUUCCCUUCAAAACCGGCCUGGGUUUUCUCUUCAAAACAACAAGUAGAAUGUAGGUGAAUCUUCUCAAUAUCACAAUCGGAGAGCUUUUGGGUCUUGUCCAUUUUAAUAUGAGCUGUAAUUAACUAGUAGGUAUUACAUCCCUGCUGUGCCAGAUAUAGACUACUCCUGAGAUGGAAAUUUUUGUCUGGUUUGAAAGUUGAAACUGAUUCAACAAUGAUAUGAAUUCUCUGAUCAUUUAGGUGAAGUGGGGUUUUACUUGAUUACUAGUUACAAGUAAUGCAAUUACUUUUCGGUUCA